UAUUAUUUACUUCGGAAAGAAGCAUCUUUUUUACCCAAAUUACGUAAUAUUUGUUCUAGCUAUUUGUAAAACGAUAUGCACAACUUUUAAUUCUAAUUCUUAUUAGCACCUACGUAUUAACGUUUUUAUCUGUAAGUCUUGACCGACUUUAUUGGGUGCUAUUGAAGCGAAUAGAUUUGGAAUAAAUCAGUUAUCGUGGAGAAUUACAUUUGUCCUUCAUUUGCGUUUGGGAAAAACUUACUUGGACAAUUUAGAAAUGAACAACAGCGAUGAAGGUGCCCCAGAACGAGGAACGGCUGCAGGAAUAGCAUCUGUUUUUAAAAUUGGUCAAAACAUGUUUGGCAUGUCGGCCUUUACCGAAGCGGAUUUCAAAAAGGUAGAUCAAGAAAGUAAGAAAUUUGGUAAGGCUAAAUCAGGUAAAACAAAUCCAAAAAAGAAGACCAAGAAGAAAACGAGUCCUCCAAAAGUACUAAAACCUGAUAAGGAUCUAACCACCAGUGCUUAUGAUGACGUAGACGAAUUCUUAAAAGAGCAUAGCAGAUUGCUUGGUAUUGGUAAUGAUGACGAAUUACAUUCUGAACAUGGGCGAAAGAAUUCCACUCCCAGCACUGAUUUAAAAUUUCACCUGCCGUGCAACAAAACAAAUCGAAAACUUAAUUCGCCGCCGACCGAUUUGGUGUCUACAGUGGAAAUUGAUCUGGGUGACGAUGAAGAUGAAAACAAUGCUAUUCUGGACGAUGAUGCUAGCGGUUCUAAUACAGUAAUCAAUCUUGAUGACUCGCAGUCUUACCUGGGAGUAAUGCUCGGAUUUUCAGUAUCAUUGGGUGGUGCACAGAUUAGUGUAAUGAUGUAUGAAAGUGAAUUCGUAAGUGACCUGAGGAAAAAAAUUGCGCAUAAAGCUAAAAUAGCUGACCCCGAGUCCUUACAAAUGUUUUUCGAGAAUACGAUUCUUGAGGAUACCAAAACUAUUAAGGAAAGUGGAAUUUUGAUGUGUUGCAAUAUUGACGCGUUCAUGUUGGAGAAAACUGACCAAGAAUUGUUUAAUGAAGAAUCAGAAACGGUCGUGCAGUUCAAAAUGCAAACAGGAGAUAGGAGAGGUCGACAGAAUUGCUACAUAUAUGCAAAAAAGUCGUCGACGGUGAGAAUGGUCCGGGACAAAUAUGCAAGUGAGAUGGACUUCAAUCCUUCAGACAUCAAGCUGAUGCGCGAUGGCGAGAUUUUAAUUCUCGACAGCCUUAUAAAAGAUUUAGAGGACCUCGAACGAGAAGACAGCAUUGAUGUCAUAAUUAAAAACGAAUAAGUGAAAUUAUAAUUAUCUUCAUUUCAAGUUGGUUUUCCUUAACUUUUGGUUAAGGAAAAUAAAAAAAAUUUGCUUUUAAAAUUAAAAAAAACUUGAGAUAUCAUUAAGUAUCUUCGUUUACAUUUGGCCAAUUACUUACUCUAUUAACACUACACAGUUUUAAUGCAAUAACAAAUAGUGACAACUUGACUAUUAGAUAUUUCUUAAUCAUGUUAUAUCAAAUGUACAUACAGGCGAAAAGAAUUUGUACUAUUUUUGUGUCGUAAGUUGUGAACAAUUUUAUUGGCUAAAUUAAACAUUUUAAAAAUAAUAAUAAAUUCAAACUUUUCUACUGAUAAA